UAUAAAUCAUAAAACAAUUAAAAUGACGACAGACAGAUCAGGAAUUUUGUAUUUGUUCGUUCGGCCAACUGAACCGGUCUACGUGCCCAAGGGUGACAAGAAAGUGGUCUUUGAUAUUCCAUCUCACUACUUGCCGGAGAAACAUCGAUUACGGCACAGUGAAUUGUUCAGUCACUUUCACGACAGUACGGUUUCGAAGAUAAAGAUCAAGCAAAUCACGCUUCCGGAUCUGAGGAUCCCUAUGCAACUGGAUCGGCGUCAACCAUUCUCGCUUUUCAUCCCUCGACACCGAAAGAUAGCUGCCCGGCUCAUCGACAUUUUCAUGGGCAUGAAAACCUACGAGGAUUUACUGUCCGUCGCGGUUUACUGCCGUGACCGAGUGAACCCGAAUUUGUUUAUAUACGCCCUGUCAGUGGCAAUGCUUCAUCGACCGGACACGAAAGAUUUACCGAUACCACCGUUAAGUUUGGUGUUUCCGGACAAGUAUCUGGCUAGAGGGGUUUUCUCCAGAGCCAGGGAGGAGGCCAGCAUACCCAAUCAUAAAACAAUUAAAAUGACGACAGACAGAUCAGGAAUUUUGUAUUUGUUCGUUCGGCCAACUGAACCGGUCUACGUGCCCAAGGGUGACAAGAAAGUGGUCUUUGAUAUUCCAUCUCACUACUUGCCGGAGAAACAUCGAUUACGGCACAGUGAAUUGUUCAGUCACUUUCACGACAGUACGGUUUCGAAGAUAAAGAUCAAGCAAAUCACGCUUCCGGAUCUGAGGAUCCCUAUGCAACUGGAUCGGCGUCAACCAUUCUCGCUUUUCAUCCCUCGACACCGAAAGAUAGCUGCCCGGCUCAUCGACAUUUUCAUGGGCAUGAAAACCUACGAGGAUUUACUGUCCGUCGCGGUUUACUGCCGUGACCGAGUGAACCCGAAUUUGUUUAUAUACGCCCUGUCAGUGGCAAUGCUUCAUCGACCGGACACGAAAGAUUUACCGAUACCACCGUUAAGUUUGGUGUUUCCGGACAAGUAUCUGGCUAGAGGGGUUUUCUCCAGAGCCAGGGAGGAGGCCAGCAUACCCGUUAACUUGAGGGAAACGAUUGAUAUAUCAAAGUACGAUACCGCGACCGAUGUCGAAGUGGAGCAUCGCGUUGCCUACUGGCGAGAGGACAUCGGUAUCAAUCUUCACCACUGGCACUGGCAUUUGGUUUAUCCGCAUGACAGUAAUAUUACUAUUGUGAACAAAGACCGAAGAGGAGAACUGUUUUACUACAUGCAUCAACAGAUGAUGGCUAGAUACAAUUGCGAGCGUCUGUGUAACCGAUUAGGGCGCGUGAAGCGGUUCAUCAACUGGCGCGAACCGAUUCCGGAAGCUUACUUCCCGAAACUAGACUCUCUGGUCGCGAGCAGAACGUGGCCGGCCAGACCCACCGGCGCUGUACUGAGGGACGUCAACCGACAAGUGGACGAAGCGAACUUUGACAUACAGGAUUUAGAACGGUGGCGGGACAGGAUCUACGAGGCUAUCCACACGGGCUCGGUGAUCAACACCAAAGGCGAGAGGAUACCAUUAACAGAGAAAGAUGGAAUAGAUGUUUUGGGAAAUAUCUUGGAAUCUAGUAUGCUGUCUCCUAAUCGGAACAUCUACGGCGAUUUGCAUAAUUUUGGUCACAUGGCUCUCUCAACCGUGCACGAUCCGGAUCACCGUCACUUGGAGUCGUUCGGAGUGAUGGGAGAUAAUGCGACUGCAAUGAGGGAUCCUAUAUUUUACAGAUGGCACGCUUUCAUCGACGACGUAUUCCAAGAGCAUAAGGAUACAUUGCCGAAGUACACCGUAGAACAAUUGGAUUUCCUUGGCGUGGAGAUAGCUGAUAUUAAAUUGACUACUAACGAUCAACCUAACGUUUUAAACACGUUCUGGACGGAGAGCGAGAUGGACUUGUCGUACGGCGUUGAUUUUAAGGCACACGGUCCGAUCCGCGUUCGAUUCACCCAUCUAAAUCACACCGAAUUCCUAUACACGAUCGUCGUCAAUAAUCGUAACAAUGAACCACGCAAAGGUACCGUUCGCAUCUUUAUCGGUCCUAAAGAAGACGAACGCGGUAUGCCGUUUACGUACAGCCAACAGAAAAAUUUAAUGAUUGAAAUGGACAAAUUCGCUGUCACGCUUCAACCGGGCGAGAAUAAAAUCGAGCGAAAGUCGACGGAGUCGUCGGUGACGAUUCCUUUCAAGAACACCUUCCCCGAUUUAGACGAUAAGAGGCCUAUAAAUGGUGACUCUUCCGUUUCGUCCGAUUUCUGCAGCUGCGGAUGGCCACAGCAUAUGCUCGUACCCAAAGGAAAGAAGGAGGGCUUCCGCAUGCAACUGUUCGUCAUGAUUUCUGAUUAUACCGACGACGCAGUCGAACAAGACGAAUCGACCAGCUGCAGGACCGGGGUAAGUUUCUGUGGACUGAGGGACAGGAAAUAUCCUGACGCACGUUCCAUGGGCUACCCGUUCGACCGUCAACCACGCGAUGGUGUCAAAACUUUAGCACAAUUCCUUACGGGGAACAUGAAAGUGGGCGAGGUCACGGUUCGAUUCUCGGACACGAUCGUACCCUCGUCCUGACCCGGAAGCAAGUGGAACAGGAUUGCUUUUAUGAAACGAUAACGACUACGAUAUCUACACACGGUUUUAUGAUGAUGUAACAACGUUUCGCUUUUAUCUCUUUAGUUGAAUAAAUAAAACAGCAACGAGCAAAGACAAA